AUGCAAGCCACUAGUCCAAUGGACCCUCGUGUGCUGGAUGCAAUGUUGCCUUACAUGACCGAAUUGUACGGCAAUCCUCACUCUAGAACCCACCCUUAUGGCUGGGAGUCCGAAAAGGCUGUCGAUGCAGCACGUGAAGAGGUUGCAAAGUUGAUUGGCGCUGAUCCCAAGGAAAUUAUCUUUACUUCUGGAGCUACCGAGUCCAACAAUCUUAGCAUCAAAGGUGUUGCUCGCUUCUACAAAAACAAAAAGCGUCAUUUAAUCACUACCCUGAUUGAACACAAAUGUGUCCUUGAUUCUUGCCGUGUUCUGCAAGAAGAAGGAUUCGAGGUAACUUACCUUCCUGUCCAGUCCAAUGGCUUGGUGGAUCUUAAGUUGCUCGAAGAAGCCAUUCGUCCCGACACUGCCCUGGUCUCAAUCAUGACUGUCAACAACGAGAUCGGUGUCUUACAGCCUGUUGCCGAAAUCGGUGCUAUCUGCAAGGCCAAAAAGGUCUUUUUCCACACCGAUGCUGCACAGGCAGUCGGCAAGGUUCCCAUGGACGUCAAUUCGAUGAACAUUGACUUGAUGAGCAUUUCUGGUCACAAAUUGUACGGCCCAAAGGGAAUUGGAGCCGUGUACGUUCGUCGCCGGCCACGUGUCAGAAUCGACGCCAUCCAGAGUGGUGGUGGUCAGGAACGUGGUAUUCGAAGUGGAACUGUGCCCACCAUGCUUACUGUAGGCUUGGGUGAGGCCUGUCGUGUGGCACGCGAGGAGAUGGAGUAUGAUCAUAAGCACAUCUCUGCUCUUUCUCAGCGCCUGAUCGAUGGUAUUAAUGAAAGAAUUCCCGAAGUAACCCGUAACGGAGAUCCUUUCAAGAGUUACCCAGGAUGUGUCAACUUGUCCUUUGCCUACGUCGAGGGUGAAUCGUUGUUGAUGGCUCUCAAGGACAUUGCCUUGUCUUCUGGAUCCGCCUGUACAUCUGCUUCAUUAGAACCUUCUUAUGUACUCCGUGCUCUAGGUGCUGAUGAUGAGCAGGCUCAUAGUUCUAUUAGAUUUGGUAUCGGACGAUUCACUACUCAAGAAGAGGUUGAUUUUGUUAUCCAGCGUGUGAGCCAACAUGUUGGAAAGUUGAGAGAUAUGUCUCCACUUUGGGAAAUGGUUCAGGAGGGUAUCGAUCUCAAGUCUAUCAAGUGGGCUGAACAUUAA